GUCUUUUGUCCCAUAGGCUGAAAGUUGCAGACAUCCAGCCCCCUGAGAUUGUAAUGGUCUUGCGCCCACCUGGGGACAUGAUAAUGGUGGCGAUAACUCAGAUAACAAUUGCUGGGAAAAGCUUCAUAGGUGGUACCAUGGAGAUCACGGUGAGAUCAAACAUGACAACAGUCAGUUGCAUAGAAUACGAUGCCAAUAAUGAACUCAAGUUGAAAGUAAAACAAUGCAUUGUGACGCUGAUCAGCUGCAAAACCAACCUUCCCAGCAGCAUGCUUCCGAAGAUUGUGAACAAAUUUCUUAAUUCUACCCUCCAGAAAGUCCUCCCCGGCAUGAUGUGCCCGGCAGCAGAGAAAGUGGUCUUACACAUGGAGGAGAAAAUGAAGAAAGCAUUUGAGCAAUGCCCUAUUGGUGAGCGGGGAACAAUGCAGUAUACAAUGAAUGGGCUGCCAGUAAUACGUGAAGACGCCUUGGACAUGAAGUUCAAGCCGGUAGUCCGCGACAGCGAUGGAAAUGAAAUUGAAAAAGUCUGUGAAGCACCAGGCGCUGAAGGUUCUUCCCCAAGAGCUGAUGGCAUUACUCAAGUCAUCAUACCGACGAGUGUCCUGAACACUGUGUUGAAACUAUUCAAGAACGACAUGGACUGCGAUGCUACUGAUGACUCAGUUUCUGACAUAACAGUGGGCAAGAUGAAAGAAAUGAUACCAGGGCUUCCAGAUAUGGACCCCUCAAAGAAAGUGAAGUUGGAAAUCAGGUCUGUAGAACCGGCCAAGGUUCGCAUUGAAGACGGCAAAAGUAUCAUGGCAGUCCAUUCGACAAUAGAGGUCAAAACAGAUCCAGACAACGGACCCGUCUGCACCAUAGACAUGGAUUUGAAUGAACUGAGCAGGUAA